AUGGGGAACAUGUUGGCCACUAGCUGGCCACCCGCAGGGCCACUGCCGCUGCCCACGCCUGCCCUCGGGGGUCUGCUGCCACCUCCACCCUGUCCUCCGAGUUUCACACUGCCGCCGCCAGGGACAGCCUGGUGCUGGGGCUGGUGCCCAUCAAGGUUCAGAACGGAUGCCCAGGACACCUGCAGGGACCGUGGACGAUGGGGCCUGUGGCUGCCUUCCCAACCCCUGAACAUACGAGGAAUGCCACUGCAAGUGCCAGGAGCUGUUUCCUAUUCAGAUGGAAGGUGUCAAGAUCACUGUCAACAAAGGGUUGAGUAA